AUGAUUGAAAACUCAGGUUACAACAAUACAAUCAGUUCCAUUGAUGACAUUGAUGCCCUGCACAAACCAUCUGCAAGCCACUGCAACACAAACAUGAAUGUUUCAAAUCACAAACCAGAAACUGACCAACAAACAACAAACGAAGAAAACCCUUUAGAAACGACCACAAACACUACUUACUCAACUGAAUCCUUUCACAGAGAAAAAACAGCUCCAGAGCCUGACGACGACGAAACUGCCGAAACCCAGCAGUCGAAACCACUUUUAACUUCAAAAUCAACGACUAAAAAGGUCCCUUCUUCUCCCGAAUACAACGGCGGCAUUGAUCCAAAAAAAACUGACAGUUUAUCUGCCGAUGAGACGGUUCGCAUUUACGCCUGCACCACAAUGUGGCACGAGACCAGUAGCGAGAUGCUGCAAACUUUGAAAUCCAUUUUCCGCCUCGACAAAGAUCAGGAGAAGCUAGAAAAGGCUAAAGCAAAAGGCAAGUCGCCUUCUUCUUACUACCAACUCGAAGCAAACGUUUUUUUCGAUGACGCCUUUGAAAAAGGUUCAUCCAAAAAUAAUCGCGUCGUGAACAAAUACGUUUACCAGCUGAUCGAGGCGCUUCCAGAGGCAGCCUGUCAUGUCCACUGGCAGUCGGGAAAAGCAGAGCUUGUCAGCAAAACUCCCACGCUGGUGGCGACGCCCUACGGGGGGCGUCUGGUGUGGCGCCUGCCCGGCGGAAGCCUCCUGGUAGUCCACCUGAAGGACAAAACUCGAAUUCGCCAUCGAAAACGGUGGAGCCAGUGCAUGUACCUCUACUACCUGCUCGACUACCGACUGUCAUCUCGGGAUGAUCUGCUUGAUGAUGACCCGAAGAAGUCUGACAGUCGAAAGAAGACCAUCUCAAAUAACACCUUCAUCCUCGCCCUCGAUGGAGAUAUCAACUUUCGCCCAGAAGCAGUUCACAUGGUCGUUGAUCUGAUGAAAAGAAAUGGAAAGCUGGGAGCGGUGUGUGGGCGGAUCCACCCGGUGGGAAGUGGGCCCAUAGUUUGGUACCAGAAGUUUGAAUACGCCAUCGGCCACUGGCUGCAGAAGGCCACUGAACAUGUCUUCGGAUGUGUUCUCUGCAGUCCAGGUUGUUUUUCGUUGUUUCGAGCUCGGGCUCUGAUGGACGACAGUGUGAUGCACAAGUACACGACGAAACCGAGUGAGGCAAUUCACUACGUUCAAUACGACCAAGGAGAGGACCGAUGGCUUUGUACGUUGAUGUUGCAGCGUGGCUGGCGCAUCGAGUACUGCGCCGCCUCUGACUCGUACACACAUGCUCCAGAAGGUUUUGCCGAAAUUUUCAUUCAACGCCGCCGCUGGGCGCCCAGCACUAUGGCCAACAUUCUCGACCUGCUGUCGAACUACAAGCGAACGGUGGAGCGAAAUGAGAACAUCAGUCUGCUGUACAUUGCCUACCAGGGCUUUCUCAUGGUGGGCACGCUCCUGUCGCCGGGCACCAUUUUCCUCAUGGUCGUCAGUGCGAUGAACUCUGCGCUGAACCUCGACGCUCGCCUCUCCCUCCUUUUCAACGUCGUCGCCGUGGUCACCUUCACCGCUGUCUGCCUGAAGAGUGCCAACAACGACCUGAAGAUCAACUUGGCCAUGCUGCUGUCGCUAGUGUACGCCCUGCUGAUGCUGGCCGUCCUCGCCGGCAUUGUCAUUGACGCCUACAAAGAGGGCAGCAUCUUCUCGCCGAAUUCGCUCUUCUUCAGCGCAAUGAUGGGCAGUUUUCUGCUCGCUGCCGUCCUUCAUCCGCGUGAGUUUGCCUGCGUUCUUCCGCUUCCGCUGUACAUGUUGCUCAUUCCUUCGAUGUACAUGCUGCUGACCAUUUACUCCGUCACCAACAUGAACAUCGUCGCUUGGGGUACUAGAGAGAACGAGGAAAAAGAGGACGAAGAGGAAGAGGAGAAAGAAGAAGAAGAUGAGACAAACGAGAAAAUUGAAAAAACUGCAAAUGAA